AGAGAGAGAGAGAGAGAGAUGGCAUCGGGCGACAUCAAGGGUUUCUACCGGCAAAAGAAGAAACAUCAGAAGGGCGGCAUCAGCAAAUCCGUCUCCGCCUCCGCCUCGAAGAAGAAGAAACCUAGCAAAUCAGGCGGUGGCGCCACUUUGGGGGCCACCGAUCCUCAGACACCGGCUCUCUUUGCGCAUGGCGCGUUUGAUCUCACAGAUGACUAUGGCGAGGACGAGGAGAGGCUGAGGCAGUUCGACAUGGACAUGAGGUACGGCCCCUGCAUUGGUCUGACGCGUCUCCAACGCUGGGAGCGAGCCUCUUCCAUGGGCCUCCACCCCCCAGCCGACCUCCGCAACCUCCUUACUCGUGCGUCCGGGCCCAAGUCCCCCGAUCUGGAGUGCCUCUGGGAGGGGCGUGUCUAAGGAAGUAGGAGGAUGGGGAAUUAUUUCCGUCAACCACGUCAAAGUAAUGGAUGUUCUUGAAGAUUGGUCAGACAUUUCGUUGCUUCUGCACCUAAUGCUCUGCGGAUCUCCCUCUGUUCCUUGUGCGGUGGAAAGCCUCGAAGUUAAUUCUCACAGAAGAUCUGAAAUUUCUUUUCCCCAACAAUGUAAGUAAGUCUCAAUCAGAACCUGAAAUUUCUUUUCCCCAACAAUGUAAGUUAUCAAUGUAUGAACUCAAGCACAUGAUGCCAGUUGCUUAUGUGCUGGAGUUCUUCAGAUGCAUGGACAAAACUCUCGUUGGUUUUUGUUAUUCGUAGAUCCGUGAUCAAAAGUUGAUUUAACAUUUGAACUUA